AUGGCACCACAAUCAGCACGAGAAUUGUUAAACUCAGACACCGAACGCAAGUGGAUGCUUUUAGUUCAAAAUCACAAGGCAGAGCAGGAACGGCAGGUUCGCCAUGCCAAUGAAAAAGAAACCCAUACACCGAAACUAUAUGCCCAAUUAUUGAUACUGAAGAGCAUAACAAAACAACAAUUGAAUGAAUUGUGGGUGCAACUACGAAGCGAACCAAUCAACUGGCUUAGGGUCUUUGUAUAUGACUGCCAAGGUGACACGCUAUUGGCGACUACACUACUGAAACUUCAUGAGGACAUGGCUCAAAGAGGUGUUUCUAAUAUUGAGGAUGAGAGGUUUGACGAAGAGCAUUAUAUAAUGAGAUGUCUCAAAUGUGUUUUGAACCAGAAACUUGGAGCAGAAAGGAUUAGGACAGAUGUUGAUAUAUUUGUCAAUGCUGUUUGCGGAUGCUUAUUAUCACCAAGAUUAUUGACUAGAAAAUUGGCUACUGAUGCAUUGACUUUUAUCAUCACAUAUAACUUGAAAGACAGCGGCAGGUACCACAAAGUUUUGAGGGCAAUUGACUCACUCAACGACAAAGUUCGGUUCGAUUUUGAGGAAUAUGAUGAGAAUAAUUCAAAUAAAAAGAGGCAUCUUAUAAGGAAACCACCACCAAGUCUUGGAAGUAAGAGGUUUGAAGUGUGGCUUAGUCUUGUUGAAAGAACAGUUGAUGCCAAGGGUAAAUUCAACUCAAAUGUCGGAGAACGUGAAGAAGUGAGGUCUCAAUAUAUUGGAACAACUUCAAAAGAAAAUCAUUUCCCGGAUUAUUGUAUUGCGACGCUUUUGUUAAUUAGCAUUAUUGUCCAAUAUGGAGCUGACUUUAGGGUUCGAAUUCAUUUGCGUGCUCAAUUACAAGCUGCUGGUCUCAAUAGGCUUCUUGCAAAAUUUCAAGACUUGCGUUUAGAAAAUUUGCUGAAUAUCUUGGAUCAGUAUCUUGAUUUAGCUAGGGCAGAUGAAGAGGAGAUGAAAUUUACUCAAAAUAUAGAUGAGAACCUCAACUUCAAUGACCCUGUUGAGUUGAUGAGAUCCUUGUGGGAGAACAUACGUGACUCAGAAGCACAAGACCAUUUUCUCAGUACAAUCCAGCACUUAUAUUUGGCGCAAAGUGAACGGAAAAAUGAUCAAAGGGAAUUGGGCCAUAGCCUUAGGGUGCUUGACAAUAUCGUCCAAAAUCUUUCUUCUGUCCAAACCAGUGAUGAAAAUACCGCCAUCAACAUUGCCAUAAACAGAUUGACAUCGAGUAUGAGUACCGAUGAUCAAUAUAGGAGAGCGCUUGAAGAGGUCAAAUAUUAUCGUAAAGUUGCCGAAGAAGCUACAGCAGAACGCGACGAGAUAUCCAAGCAGCUUUCUAUGGGUGCCGAUGGGCUAAUCACUAGCCUCACGAAUGAUCUUAAAGAGCGUGAUUUGGUGAUUUCAAGAUUUCGUCGAAUAAAUGAGGAGACGCGCGAGGAGAUGAAUGAAUUGAAAACCAAGUAUAUGAAGGAGAAACAGGAGCUGGAACUUGAGAUGCGAGAGCUUCUCAUCUUACUCAAUAGCAGCGAAUUAGAGACGAGCAAAUCGCGGAAGGGGAAAACUACAACGGUAUCACUUUCGACGUCUAAUGCCGAAUUGGCUGAUAGAUUGAAAAGGCAAAUCCAUCGUCGUCGAGCCGAAUCCCGUUUGGAUAAUAAACAAUUGGGUACUCAAGUCGAACCACUGAAGAGAUUGCGCGCUUUGAGAGAUCAAAUGGGAGAUAUUGAGAAUAUGGCAAGGGAGUUGGAAAUGACCGAGUUUGAAAAUUACACUGGAGAAAUAGCCGAUGAGGCAAAAUCACUUUCGGAGCCUGAAAUUGCAGAAAGUGCCUCUGAAUCUGAAGUUGAAGAAGGAAAUAAGGAAGAAGAGGAAGAAGAAAACGAGGAAGAGGAGGAGAAAGAGGAGGAGGAAGAGGAAGAGGAAGAGGAAGAGAAACUUGAAGAGUUGUAUCUACCACCAACUCCACCUUCACCUGAGAAUAAGCGUCCAGUCAGAAGUGACGAUCUUAUAAAACUCGAUAACCUUCGUAAAAAGCUUUCAAAUCUUCAAGGCGAAUCCAACGAUAUCAUGAAAUUCAACAGUAGCUCGAUACUCAAUAAACAAAAAUAUCUUGCAAUGGAGAGGUUGCGUGAAUUGGAGCAAAAUUUUAAAGAUUUCAAUAUCGACUUUUCACUUAGUGAUGAGGACGACCAAUUUGCAUUCACCGAACUGGCUCAAGUUGAUGAUAAUAUGAAGGAUAAAACGAAGGAAGUGUUGAGUGAAGUUGAGAGAUUACGGAACGAGCUUAGAAAACAACUCGCCGCAGCCCAAAAAACAGCACAACAGAAGUCUUCCAAAACCCAAAAGUCCACGCUGAAACGUGACUCUAUAAUGAAGAAAAUUGAAGACAAAUAUGUCAAAGGUCAAGUUAAAACAGAAAGUAUGGGUACACCAGUUUCUGGCUCAGUAUCCAAAGAAUAUAAAAAGGCUAACCGCACAACAACUAUAGGUGGCAUGGAUCCACUGUUUUUGAAGGAACUAAGCAAUAAAGUUAAGAUGACAGAGGCAAUUUCUACGUCAUCAGAUGUAAAUGAAGAGGAAGGGUCGGUUUCAUCUUCGAAGGGCCAAGUACAUGAUAAAGCCGUAGAAGAACCAAACCUGUCUGCAGGAAUCACAUCUGCUUCUUCUGUUCAAGAGAAAUCAUUACCAUCAAUACCACCACCACCGCCACCGCCACCUGCUCCACCACUUCCAUCGUUCUCAAAUGGAAAAGUCACUGGAGGUGUAGCUUCUCUGCUCCCACCACCACCUCCACCACCGUUACCACCUCUACUUUCUGGGUCCCAAAAUAGUUUGGCCCCAGGACCACCACCUCCGCCUCCACCGCCUCCACCGCCUCCACCAGGCUUGUCUGUUGGGUCAAAUAUAGCUGGCCCACCUCCUCCGCCUCCACCUCCACCACCAUUCCCUGCGUCUGCUUCUAAGACACGCAAAUCUCCAUUUGGCACACCUGAAUCCUUGAGCUCACCCCAAUUUGAGCAUGUUCCUCGACCAAAGAGAAAACUAAAACAAUUGCAUUGGGAAAAAAUUGAUCAUAAUGAAGCUACUAGCUCUUUUUGGAAAAAUCAAUCCACUAGUACCUUAGCAUCAGACUUGAUGUCCAAGGGUGUAUUUGAUGAGAUUGAAAUUAUUUUUGCUGCAAAGGAAAUAAAGAAACUUGCCACAAAAAAGAAAGAGGAUAUAGAUAAGAUUUCUUUCUUGAGCAGAGACGUAGCUCAACAAUUCAGCAUCAAUCUUCAUGCUUUUAACCAAUUGUCCGAUGAGGAAUUUGUGGCUAAAGUAUUACGUUGUGAUAAAGAUAUCAUAACAAACCACUCAGUUUUGGAGUUUUUUGGCAAAGAUGAAAUUACGGAGAUUACUAAUUCAGCCGCACGAAAUUUCGAGCCAUACUCAACCGACUAUAAGGUUGAAGAUAUCACGAAACCUGAAAAGGAUCCGUCCGAAUUGAAGAGACCCGACCGAAUUUUCUUAGAAUUGAUGUACAAUUUGCAACACUAUUGGAAGUCGAGGAAUAGAGCUUUGACUAUUGUUGCGCACUAUGAAAAGGAUUACGAAGAUUUGGUUUCGAAAUUGAGGGCUAUAGAUGAGUCUGUCGACAGCAUUAAAAACUCUAACAGCUUGAGAGGCGUUUUUGAAAUCAUCUUGACUGUAGGAAACUACAUGAAUGAUACUUCCAAACAAGCAAAAGGUUUUAAACUCAAUUCGUUGCAGAGAUUGAGUUUUAUGAAGGAUGAAAAGAAUAGUAUGACGUUUUUACAUUAUGUUGAAAAAUUGAUCAGGACCCAGUACCCAGAGCUUCAACAAUUUUUAGAUGAUCUUGCCAAAUGUAAUGAUAUUGCAAAAUUCUCAAUUGAAACCAUUUACAACGAUUGCAAGGAUUAUGCCCGGGCAGUCAAGAAUAUCCAAACCUCGAUAGAUAUUGGGAAUCUUUCAGACAUUUCAAAGUUCCACCCUCUGGAUAGGGUAUUGAAAGUCGUGCUACCUACACUACCAAGAGCUAGUCAUAAGGCGCAAUUAUUGAUUGAUCAAGCUAAUUUCACUAUAAAGCAAUUCGACGACUUGAUGAUUUAUUUUGGUGAAGACCCCUCUGACCAGUUUGUGAAAAACUCUUUUGUGAGCAAAUUUACCAACUUCAUGAGGGAGUAUAAACGAGUUCAAGCCGAGAAUGUGAAGCGCGAAGAAGAAAUUCGCAUAUACGAACAAAGGAGAAAAUUACUCGAGACACCUAAGAAACUGUCAGCUGAGCUGGGAGAAAGGCGAAACGACAAUGCAUCAGAGAAUGACGAGGACAACGAAAAUGGGGACGAAGGUGUCAUGGACUCGUUAUUGGAAAAAUUGAAAGCAGCAGGGCCAGCCCGUGGAGAACCUACAUCUGCUCGUAAGAAGGCAAUGUUGAGAAGACAAAUAUUGGAAAACCAGCGCAAAUUCGCCAACUCGUCUACUUCGCCUUCAAAAGAUGGAAGAGAUUCUGAAAUGUCGGAAGAUGACCUGACUUUACUACAAGAAAGCGAGAGUACUGAUUCAGUAGACUCGAAACAAACUGAGGUGCGAAGUUCACGAGCAAAGAAUUUAUUACAAGAACUACGAGGCGCUAAUGAGGAUGACUCGGAAGAGUCAGUCUCAUUGGCUCAGAAAUAUAGGCAAGAGAGGUUGAAGAAAAAACUGACAAUUGAUUCUUCUUCUUCUUCCUCUUCUUCUCCCUCUGCUGCUGCUGCUGCUGCUACAACUACAGCUACAACUAAUAUGGCCUCCGCUAACAUCGACGCAACUACGCCCACGACUACAGAUAACCAUAACAAUGGCGACAAAAGUGACAACGAUGCCAAUACCGACGCUACAAAAAUUUUGGACUGA